GUUCCGCGAAGGCACCUGGUACGGGGAGGAGGGUGACAUGGAGGUGGAGGAGACCCAGGCGGGUCGAUCACUCCUGGCGAAUUCAAACAUGUCCUCAGCAGAGGUAGUUCUGGGUUUCUUGGAGGAGGCAGAGCCGUGGCGGCUUCGAUCUUCACAGUUCCCCAGCAAAGUAGGAGGGAAACCAGCGUGGCUUAGCCAAAAAGACCUGCCCUCCCUUCACGAGCUGGAGUGCGAGAUCUGCCGGCUUCCUAUGGUCUUCCUACUGCAGGUGUAUGCACCGAUAUCCGGUCAGGACAGAAGCUUCCAUCGAACACUCCUUCUGUUCUGCUGCAAAACUCCUGAAUGCUACUCACACAAUGACAGCCGCUGCAUGAAAGUUUUACGAAGUCAGCUGCCCAGGAGGAAUGAGUUCUACCCCUAUGAGCCUCCUCCAGAGGAUGAGCCACCCAACGGUACAGAAGAAGACCACACCGUGCUGUCUGUCUCUGGAUUUAAACUGUGUUGGAUGUGUGGUUGCCCUGGCAACAAAGCCUGCUCCCGCUGUCACACUGUAACCUAUUGUGGAAAACACCACCAGACCCUCCACUGGAAACACUCUCACAAGAAGGAGUGUUGCAGUCCAGAUGCAACAGUUGUCACAAGCUCUCCCCUCCUUUUUCCUGAGUCUGAGCUUGUCACUGAGCCCGAGGAGGAGGAGGAUGAGGAGGGAAAGCAAGGAAAAGAUACAGAAGCUGAAGAAGAGGGCAGCAUUCAGAAAAGUUUAGACUGUCCCUCAUUAGCAGACACCCUGACAGAAACAGACCUGGAAGAGAUGGCUAUGCAUGAGACUGAAGACAACAAAGUGUUCCAGCAUUUUAAAAAGAAGAUUGCACCAGAGCCACACCAGGUGAUACGUUACAGCCGGGGAGGCUCUCCUUUGUGGGUUUCCUCUCAGCAUAUUCCUUCAGAUGAGGACAUCCCACCGUGCACCUGUGGCGCUAAAAGGAUGUUUGAGUUUCAGGUGAUGCCUCAGCUGUUAAACUGUCUCCCUGUGGACUCGACGGGAGCCAGUAUUGACUGGGGGACUCUGGCUGUCUACACAUGCUCUGCCAGCUGUAGCCAUGGCGACCAGUACUGCCCGGAGUUCAUCUGGAAGCAGGACUUCAGCUCAGAUCAACACUUGCAGAUUAAAGAUACAUAACAGCU